GGGACGGACCACUUCCGCCACUCUAUGGUUGGUGACAGCCGAGGUGGCUGGCUAGAGGAGUCGGAGGCGCACGCGGCCGCUCUAGGAGCUGGCGUUGGUUAUGGCGGGGUCACCGAGUUUCGAUGUGCUUUGGUUCUGGGAGGACGCAGCCGGGUCCCGCUUCGGCCCGCGUCCCCGGAUACCAUGGAAGACAGGCGGUGGGACUGAACGGCGGUUGGGGGAGCACCUUAGGCUUACGCAUCCAUGACUACUUAUAUUUCCAAGUGCUGAGUCCUGGGGACAUUCGCUACAUCUUCACAGCCACGCCUGCCAAGGACUUUGGUGGUAUAUUUCACACACGGUAUGAACAGAUUCACCUUGUCCCUGCUGAACCUCCCGAGGCCUGUGGGGAACUCAGCAACGGCUUCUUCAUCCAGGACCAGAUUGCUCUGGUGGAAAGGGGGGGCUGCUCCUUCCUCUCCAAGACCAGGGUGGUUCAGGAGCAUGGUGGGCGGGCUGUGAUCAUCUCGGACAAUGCAGUUGACAAUGACAGUUUCUACGUGGAGAUGAUCCAGGAUAGUACUCAACGCACAGCUGACAUUCCUGCCCUCUUCCUGCUCGGCCGAGAUGGGCCCUGUCUUGAAUAUCCCAGUCAAAGGGCAAAAAAGUUCUCAGAUUCUGGAAAUUCCCGAGUAACAGGCAGAGGGCAGUUUUGGGGUGCUGAGAAAGUGACUGUUCUUCAUGCCCUCCCAGCUACAUGAUCCGCCGCUCUCUGGAACAGCAUGGGCUGCCAUGGGCCAUCAUCUCUAUCCCAGUCAAUGUCACGAGUAUCCCCACUUUUGAGCUGCUGCAACCUCCCUGGACUUUCUGGUAGAAAAGCUUACCCCAGGUUCCAGCCACAGGUGACUCACUGGGAAGAAAAAACCUAAGAUUCCAACGUUUGGAGGACAAGUAGAGCCAGGGAUGGGACAGGGAAGCCACACUAGUGGCUUUCCUUUCCUUAGGGCCUGCAAGGACAUUUCGUGCUCCAGUAAGAGCCAAGAACCAGGCCCAAGGCGUCUGGGCAGAAUUUGGAACAAAAGGUGCUGAAGGCAGGCGGCCUUGUCCUCGGCCACCUGUCACACACCACAGCCCGGACUUCCUCACAGUGACUCUUGUAGCUCUUGCUGAAGUGCUUUAAGAAAUAGUUAUUCUGGGCUGAAGGAUUCUCUACUCUUUAGCAAUAAAGGUAAAUAAAGCUCA